UUGGAGGAAAAAACAAAAAUAGAAAUUUGACAUUUGUGUCAAAUGUUUAAUUUUAUUCUAGUUUAUUGAUCUACAUCUAAUUUUGAUAUCUUGUAGUUUCAGCUUCUAUAUCAAGCACCUGUCAGAUUAGCUCCUAAACCUGUUUAACUAUUUUAAGGGUAUUUUAUAAAACUGGUCAUUAAAAGGUAUGUGGAUGUGAUUAGUUUUUAUGGUUUGGCAAGAUAAUUGAUCUUAAUGAUGUGAUUUGUUGGAUGCUUCUGUCUACCUCCUUAUAUAACGUGUCCUUUAAAAAUCUUUUAACAGCUAAUUCCUGAAACCAUCAUUAGGGAUUUAUUCCCUUAGUUAAUUGUUAUUACUUACAGCACUGUGAAUGACACAAAUGUUAGCCAUAGCAGACAUUUAUACCCAAAUGUAAAUUCAUGAGAUCUUUACUGAGCAGAGGUUUUAAUAAGAAAAUAGGAUUAUGAACCUCUCUACCUCCAAAAAAUAUCCACAUCCGAAAACUUGUGAAUAUAGGUUACAUGGCAAGAAGGAAUCAAUGGAGCAGAUGGAAUUAGGGGCUAAUCAACAGACCUUAAGAUAUAUCCUGGAUUAUCUGGGUGGGCCCAGUGUAAUAACAAGAGUUCCUAAAAGUGGAAGAACAGGCAGAAGAAAGUCAGUGUCAGAGUGAGGUGAUGGGAGAAGAAUUGGGCCUGCUGUUGCUGGGUUUGAAGGUGGAAGAGGCCACACGCCGAGGAAUGAGGUAGCCUCCAGAAGCCGGGAAUGGCAAGGGAUGGAGUCUCCUUUGCAGCCUCCAAAAGGAACACAGAUUUUAGUCUGGUAUGGACUGCGAGAGUUCGUGGUGCUCGCCCCUGCAGCAAACAGCGAUGCUGUUCUCAGUGAAUCUAAGUGCAAUCUUCUUCUGAGUUCUGUGUCUAUUGCUUUGGGAAACACUGGCUGCCAGGUGCCACUCUUUGCGCAAAUUCAUCACAAAUGGCGAAGAAUGUAUGUGGGAGAAUGUCAGGGUCCUGGUGUCCGAACUGAUUUUGAAAUGGUUCAUCUUCGAAAAGUGCCAAAUCAGUACACUCAUUUAUCGGGUCUGCUGGAUAUCUUCAAAUCAAAGAUUGGAUGUCCUUUAACACCAUUGCCUGCAGUUAGUAUUGCUAUUCGAUUGACCUAUGUACUUCAGGAUUGGCAGCAGUAUUUUUGGCCUCAGCAACCUCCAGAUAUAGAUGCCCUUGUAGGAGGGGAAGUUGGAGGUUUGGAGUUUGGCAAGCUACCAUUUGGUGCCUGUGAAGAUCCUAUAAGUGAACUCCACUUAGCAACUACAUGGCCUCACCUGACUGAAGGUAUCAUUGUGGAUAAUGAUGUUUAUUCUGAUUUGGAUCCUCUUCAGGCUCCCCAUUGGUCUGUUAGAGUUCGAAAAGCUGAUAAUCCUCAGUGUUUGCUAGGUGAUUUUGUCACUGAAUUUUUUAAAGUUUGCCGUCGGAAAGAAUCAACUGAUGAGAUUCUUGGACGAUCCACAUUUGAGGAAGAAGGGAGAGAAAUUGCUGAUAUAACUCACGCUUUGUCAAAGUUGACAGAGCCAGCACCAGUUCCAAUUCAUAAAUUAUCAGUUUCAAAUAUGGUACAUACUGCAAAGAAGAAAAUAAAAAAACACAGAGGUGUAGAAGAGUCACCACUGAAUAAUGAUGUCCUCAACACUAUUCUCUUGUUCUUAUUCCCUGAUGCUGCUUCUGAGAAACCAUUAGAUGGAACUUCUUCAAUGGACAACAAUCCUUUGUCAGAGAGUGAAGAAUAUAAUCUCUACAAUCAGUUCAAAUCUGCACCAUCUGACAGUUUAACAUACAAAUUGGCUUUGUGUCUCUGUAUGAUCAAUUUCUACCAUGGAGGAUUGAAAGGAGUGGCACACCUCUGGCAGGAAUUUGUCCUUGAAAUGCGUUUCAGAUGGGAAAACGACUUUCUGAUUCCAGGGAUUGUACAGCAAAGUAAAUGGAAAGAAAUACAGCCAGAUGUCAACAGUAGUUUUCCCAGAUUAGCAAGUGGCCCCCCAGAUCUAAGAUGCUGUUUAUUACAUCAGAAACUACAGAUGUUAAAUUGUUGUAUUGAAAGAAAGAAGGCACGUGAUGAGAAGAGAAAGACAAGUAUUUCAGAUAAUGUGACUAAUACAUAUCCAGGGGAUGCUGGAAGACCUGGAGACCAGCUGGGGCCAGACAAUCUAAAAGAUAUGGACAAGGAAAAGGGAGAGGUGGGAAAAUCUUGGGAUUCUUGGAGUGAUAGCGAAGAAGAAUUUUUUGAAUGCCUAAGUGAUACUGAAGAAUUUAAGGGAAAUGGACAAGAGAGUGGCAAAAAAGGAGGACUUAAGGAGAUGGCAAAUUUAAAGCCAGAAGGACGACUCAAUCAGCAUGGGAAACUUACACUGCUGCAUAAUGGAGAGCCUCUCUACAUUCCAGUAACCCAGGAGCCAGCACCUAUGACAGAAGACCUGCUAGAGGAGCAGUCGGAGGUUCUGGCUAAAUUGGGCACCUCCGCGGAAGGGGCUCACCUCCGGGCACGCAUGCAGAGUGCCUGUCUGCUGUCAGAUAUGGAGUCUUUUAAGGCAGCUAAUCCAGGUUGCUGUCUGGAAGACUUUGUGAGGUGGUACUCACCCCGGGAUUACAUUGAAGAGGAAGUGAUUGAUGAAAAGGGAAACACGGUUCUGAAAGGAGAACUGAGUGCCCGAAUGAAGAUUCCAAGCAACAUGUGGGUGGAAGCCUGGGAAACAGCUAAGCCAGUUCCUGCCAGAAGGCAAAGGAGACUCUUUGAUGAUACUCGGGAAGCAGAAAAGGUGCUGCACUAUCUGGCAAUGCAGAAACCUGCAGACCUCGCUCGGCACCUGCUACCUUGUGUAAUUCAUGCAGCUGUACUCAAGGUAAAGGAAGAAGAAAGUCUGGAAAACAUUUCUUCCGUUAAGAAGAUUAUCAAGCAGAUAAUAUCCCAUUCCAGCAAAGUCCUGCACUUUCCCAAUCCGGAAGACAAGAAACUAGAAGAAAUCAUCCAUCAAAUUACUAAUGUGGAAGCCCUAAUUGCUAGAGCCCGCUCACUGAAAGCCAAGUUUGGAACUGAGAAAUGUGAACAAGAGGAGGAAAAGGAAGAUCUCGAAAGGUUUGUGAGCUGCCUGUUAGAGCAGCCCGAAGUGCUGGUGGUGGGCGCGGGCAGAGGACACGCCGGCAGAAUCAUUCACAAGCUGUUCGUGAACGCACAGCGGCUGACUGAAUCUUCUGAUGAGGCUGCAGCCAUGGCUCCACCGGAGGAGGAACUGAAGAGAAUGGGCUCUGCAGAGGAGAGAAGGCAGAACUCCGUGUCAGACUUCCCGCCCCCUGCUGGCCGAGAACUCAUUCUGCGCACCACGGUGCCCCGCCCCGCCCCCUACUCCCGAGCUCUGCCUCAGCGCAUGUACAGUGUUCUCACCAAGGAAGAUUUCCGGCUGGCAGGUGCUUUUUCAUCAGACACCUCCUUCUUCUAGUUCUUCCUGAGCCACCCCAUUGUGACUUCAAAGGCAGUGCUGACCCCUUCUGUGGGAAGGAGGUUGUGUUGGUCAGAACCUGGGAGGCCUGAAGAGGGCCUGUCCAGUUGAAUGAUCAAGCGUCGUACUGGCAUCUGAAAGACUUUCUGGUGCCAAGCUUGGGCAGGGUAGUAGCUUGUGGGGUCUGAGGUAAUGGGCUUGAACUAUUGAAAGAUUUCUUCCCCAAAGAGAUGGCCCUUCGGGUGGGGUUGGGGACCAAAAAUGCAGGAGCUCUCUGUACUCACUCUGUUGUGUUCAAGAUUGUGUUCAUUUAUUCUUUCUGUGACUGUCCCUUAGGCUGUUGCCUUGCAUUUAUAGUCUGUGCAAACACUUCUUAUUUUUAUUAGUAUCAAGUAUGCAAAGUAGAGGAUCUGUUAACUCAGAUUUCUGGGUGUUUUGGAGGUAGAAUCUAUUCCCAGAAUCUUUGUUUUUAAUAUAUUAAAUGGCAUUCUGUUUAUUCAGUCACCUGGUCACCAUUUUUAUUAUACUAAUUAACUUUCGAUGAGCAUUUUGAAUAUUCUAGGAGAAAUCCUAGAAUUUCACAUAGAUAUGUGUUUUUCCAUAUAUGACCUAAAUGUAUUCCUUCUGAUGAAACUAUAUUAAAUGUCACUGCAAAUUAGUUUGAUACCUACUAGUAUCUUGUAAGGCUUCUCUUACUUGUUUUGUUUUGGGUGCCAUGUAAAAAGAUAGCCUGCAAAUUAUUGUUCUCUCCUUCCCUUCUUGUUCAGUCUGCAUUCCUUUUGUGUGGUUGCUGGUUGGAUACCAUAUUUAAUGAAGUAUAACAAAAAUACAGUCUUGGUACAUAGAGAUUAUCAUGCAGUUAGUAUAAUUUGGUAUAUGUGCUAAUGUAAUGAAUAGAUUAUUAUUUCAGUGAACUAUUUUACUUCUGUAUUUUAGUUAAAAUGAAAAUAAUUGAUGGGGAUAUGGAGUAGGACUAGCAUAAGGACAACCACAGAAUACUUCUAGUUGUCUGAUGAUCAAGAUUUAUUAUGUCUGUGUUGCUAUAGGGCCUGUGUUCAAUAAUCUUAAAUCUAUUUUUAGGCCUAAAGUUCCCACUUUAAUCCAAAGUAAAAAAUGCUUAUAAUGAAGCAUAGACCUUGCUGUGAAACUUUAAAGAAUUAAUAGAUCUGUGUAAACCUGUUAUAUUAUUUUUGUAAAAAAAAAAAAAAAAAGAGUAUGUGUGUACAUAUUUAA